CUAGAAUGCAGCUGCAAAGACGUGAGUGUCAAUGUUGAUGCCUGCGAAGCCGACAAUGCCCCUCGUCAGCCCGUAUGUGUCGGUCAUGGCAGAAAGCUGAAUGGUCAGCUCAUGCAACGACUGAGCCUGCAUCCAUGACAGAAGACCACGCACCACCAUCAUGUCCCAUGUCUCUGUCUCUCUCUCCAGCCGACCUCGCUUCCCUUGCCUCACCCUCACAAAGGUGAAAUCGAACCACUGCGGACACGCCCAGACGACCCAAUCAAAUGCGUCCACCCUGAGGACCAUCAUCAGCAGCAGAGACAGCAUCACAAAGAACAAGAGCGGCUCGAUCACAAACUCGGUCAGAGCCUCCACUGAUCAACCAAGGGAAAGGAAACACACCAGUGUGAUGUGAUGCGAUGCGUGCGCAUGUCCCCUGGUCAAGGUACUAUCAUCUAUACACUUACUGGAGCAGGCCAGCACAAAGUCUUGGUACACCAGAUGUCUGCUACGGGUCUCUGUGCCCUCAGCCAGCUGUUCAGACAGAGCGAAGAGCAGUAGGAAGCCGCAGCAUGCAAACCAGUACAGCAGCGCUAUGGCCUGCAUACGUGACGCACAGAGAUCGAAGGCGUUGUGUAUGUCUGUCUGUCUGUCUGUCUGUUUGAUAGGUCGUGUUGGUUACGAUGCCGAUCCGCUCCUUGAUCCGCCAACGACUCAACACGGCGAUCUUUGCAUCCAAUGAAAAGUGGCCUGCAUCCAUUCCACACAACACACACACAGACACACCCCUUACUGCCGAGCUCACAAAGAUGACAACACACACUGUGCGGCAUGUGGGUGCAGGCAGUCGACUGAUCACUCACCAGAGUGUCUGCCGGUGACGUCAGCGACGCGCCUGAGUGACUUGACGGAGAUCUGCGGUCCUGUGAGGAUCGCCAUCCGCCUGCUCUCCGAUGGCAUCGGUUUCAUCGCCGUCCUGCCUCCGGUCGUAUGGCCAAAGGCCGGGUGAUGCGUGAUACCUGCAGUAACCCAUGUGCAAUGUGCAAUGUGCAAGAACGAGACCGGCAUAUACCAUGUCUCGAUCUAAAGGGAUCGCUUACGGCUUGCAUCCGGGAGAAAGGGUAUAUGGGGGACCGUCUUGCGGAACAGGACUGUCCCAUACAGACACAAAGGGUGAGGGUAUAUGUGUGUAUGUAAGGGUAUAUGUAUGUGUAUGUUUUCCCCUUACAAAACAGGGCGAUGGGCACCUUACAAACACACACACACACACGCACGCACGCACAGACACACCUCUUCACCAGUCUGCCUGCGCAUCCAUCCAUUUGGACGGUUCAAUCAAGUGGUAUUAAUUGGUAUCAUGCCAGAGGCAUCCCCGACCCCCCCACUCAGUCACUCACCGGCUUGCUGAGAAUGAUUGCCCACAGCAGGACAACCAGCUGCCGAAGGGUGAAUUUCCAGCUGAUUCCUCCGGAUUGGAAGCUCAUGAUAACACUGUCGGUGUCCCGCUGGCUCUGCUGGGUCUGGUUGAAGAACAUCCCACACAUCGCUAUGAUACCCAGCGUGAUGCUUCCUGAUGCACAACGUGAGAACACGUCUUCGGCUGUGUAGGAUGUCUUCUUUUGGGGUGCGAACCAAAGAACAAAGUGCGUUGCGUAGCCGUGUAGCUGAAUUUGAUUGAUGUAUGCGACCAGCCACACAGAGAGACACAGACAGGGCUAUCGUGAAGACGGGGACGAAUCGAUCAAUGAGUUUCCUGUCUUACGUGGGGUUGAGGAUGAACAGCUUCUCAAGGCAUGCACACAACCAGCCACAUACCGAGAGCAUACGAGCCUCCUUCCAUGGAUGUCUUUGUGCACACGCGUCUACCUUGAGAAGGGGAUGAUCCCGUCGGCAGACUUCUUUGAAGAUCUUCCCCGACGACCAUUCGACGUACCUGAAGCACAAUCUCUCAAUUGGCCGCUUCCUCACGAACCCAAUCUUAUACGUACGUACUCAAUCCUCCGCAGAGUGCGCGUCACCAUCAGAUCGACCUCUGCUUGAAGGUCACCCCACAGCUCCGCUAUCGGUUUGCGUCUUGGCGAAUCACGAUGUGACGAUGCCUCAGACGAUGGCUCCAUAAUCGUGACCUGUCUCCUCAUUCUCCCCCUGUCGCCCUCACCGAUCGCAAUCGACACGGGCCCGGCAACCUUGGGGCUCUCAUCAUCGCCAUCACCGCGGGCUGCGGGUGACUGGCUGCCGAUGCUGCCAUCCCGAUCUCCCUGCGGCCGCCACGCCGGCAUUGGAGACGCUCUUGGCUCGCUGAAGACAAUCAUCGCGGCUUCAGAGGGCGCGCAGAAGGAGGAAGUGGGUGAGAAGACGUCGCCAGCAGACGGCUGGGCCUGUGUCUGCUCCGGCUGCGGAAUCUUCGACAUCGACAGGUGCAGUGGCCCUUGCUGUACGGUCAUGGUGCUCCCUUGCGUCUCGUAGUAGCUGCUUUGGCCCGCUUCGGUCAUGAUGCCCGACAGGUGCAUGUCGAUUGCACUGCUGAGAAUGCCAUCAUCCGGUUCAUUCCCAGCAUCGAUGGGGCCGGGCUGUGUGCCCAUCGGGCUCGUGCACGACCCCUGCCGCGGCCCAUCUUGUGCCGUGGUCGUUGAGAUGGCCCGCGUUGGGCGGUUGGCAUUUCGGAUCUUGGCCUGCCAGUCUCUGCGGAAGGUGCGCUGAAUGAGCACGGCCGCCGCUUGCUGCCUUUGCAGCUCACGAAGGAGACGCUUGCGCAACGCCUCCUUGAGGAUCCCACUCCUGCACGCAGACAAAGGGGACCGAAGCAGAUGAUUUCAAUGUACUCAUUAAGGAUGCGUGGCAUACAUACGUACUUGAUUAGAGUGACAGUCUGUUUUGGCGUCGUCUUGUUGAGCACCUUGCUAAAUAAAGUGCUCGCCAGCGUACUCAACGAGCCGACGGGCCGCUUCUUGUUUCGCCGGUCGUUCUCCGCGUUGAUGACGCCCUGCGCGGCUUGCAUGUCCAUCAUGUCCAUCGCGGCCUCCCUGUUGGAUAAGCCGGGCAACACUACUUGCGAGGGAUCCUCCCGGUCCUCGUCAUCAGAAGAGCCGGUCCUUGCGAGAGAGACGGGCUUCUUGAUUCGCUUUCUAGUCACUGAUGCCGGGCUGUCUCUGUCCCCUUCAUCUGGCAUCGGCUGCUGCUCCUGCUCUACUUGCUCCUCCCCCGGCUUGUCUUGGUCGUUGCUGUCGGGCUGUGCCCGUGUCUCCGGCUGCGGAGGUGUGAAGUCUGCCAUUCCUUUGGUGGUGGGUGUAAAGGUUUCUCCGAGGUACUGCAGAUUGGCGGGCUCCCCCUUGGGCCACUGCUCCGGUGACACCACAGCGGCUGCGCUGGCUGUGGGGGAUGUGGGCAUGACGACAGCCUGACGUCUGCGGUAGGUUGACUUGAUGAAGUCGAUCAGCCUGCAUGAAAGGCGACACAGAAUAGUGUGUCGGGUGCAGCCAGCUGGAAGAGACAAACAAGCGCAUACUCACCUCGGAAUAGACUUGCGGAGUCUGUUUCGAUACUCCUCUGUCGUUCGCCGCUCCUCCUUAACGUUAAUGUCUUUGGGAAUCUGUGGCGAAGAAAACAGCAUCGAGAACUGACGAGACAGCCUUUAUACAGCAGAGAGACAGCCAAACGACGCACACACAGGAGCAUCCCUUCAUGAUGGUGUAUCUUCGGUUGAUAGUAAGAUGCUGCUUAUCUUACCACCUCGCAAAACCGCGCAUUGGCGCGUUUGACACAGCAGACCUGCCUGUGCCUCCGCUUUGAGAACUCAUGUGGCUGCCUGUCCGCGCGCGAGCCAGCGGUUCCCGCACGUCAGACAGAUAUGGCGUACUCCGCUCUGCAAUCAGAUCGUGUCGAACCGUCCUGAACGAGAGAAUCAAGUGUGCAUCUCCAUUCGUACAUAUGAUGCGGACAAUCGACCUUAUGGUGCGGAGUUCAGACAAGUGUAGUGUUGGCUCUCGUCUGCGGCAGUGGAAGAACAGCCCCCCGACAAAGCGGCAGAUGAGGAAGUCGCACAAGAAGGAGUUGUAGCACGGGCCGUAGCAGCUCCGCAUUGAUUUGCGCAGCCUCGUGCGGGCCCUAUGCUUCGCGUCCAACAGAGGGUCAGUCAUCCUGAUGUCGACACAGAUCAGAUCGGACAGAUAGCCAGUGUGACGAGAAUGAUCCAAGACCGGAUCUGACAUCGCGUUCGUGUGUGACCAACCAUAUGUCGAGGAGGAUUUGGUCGGUCACACUGCAGGGGACAUGGCAACACGUACACGGAAAUGAGAGGACACGAUGCGCUUACGGGUAUUUGCAGUCAAAGUAUAAGGACAUUGCGAGGCACAGCAGAUGGAUGGACAUCAUGACAAUCUGCACACACACACAUACAUCAAUCCCUUUGUCCAUCCGUCCACUUGGCACGAUCCUCCUCUCACCACAAAAGCUGCAGCGUAGUUUUGAACCCAUGCAUUGGCAUCGGCUAUUCUUUUGAUUGACGACUCGGUCAGCGCGCCCUCGAUGUUGCUCUCCUUGAUGACCGUUCUGAAGAGAGCCGAGAAGGAGGUGAGAUGGGUGCACACGCAGCAGAGAGUGGCCGCAUUCGACAGACUCUCGUUGACCCAGCAGCCUGUACACAUAUAAAGGCAAUCGAUUGGUGCAAAUAUACACGUAUAUACACGGACUGACCUCGUGUGUCCCACUGGUGCGUGGUGGUGUUCCAGAAUCCGCAUGCGACGUCAACUCUUGUGGUCAGGUUGGCAGCAGUGUCGUUGACUUGCAGCGAUGCCACCUGGCUCUCACCAGGCCGAGGAAUGAACAAACGGAACACCUCACCGACAGUGCUGGUGCCUUCCUGUUUCGCCACAUUGACAUCUGCGCCACAUCGACGUACUGCCACACUCAGCGUCCCACGUUCUGCGCUCCUCAGUGUGUUGUUGGCCAGCACACUGAGAUUGGCUGUUUGUUCCUCAAACGCAGCCGACGAGUAGGCGAAGGGAUCCUCUGUCCAGAAGACCAUCUGCACACUCUCGUUGUUGCUGCCACUGCCGUCGGCACACUGCCCGCCUGGCGGGAUCAUGGCGUCCAGUGAUGAUGGGAGAGCGACGGCAACAGAAGAAUUCGCCGUCUCCGCCUUGUUGAUCGUCAAUGUGGCCCCUGUUGCUGCGUGUUCCUUGCGGACGACCUUGACGGAUGUGGUCCUGGAUGGGCUGGCUAUCUCUCUCUCUUUGACAGCCGUCCGGCUGGCGGCAAUUGCUAGGCUGUCUCCCAGUUGAGCAGUGGAGGCCAAGACCUGCGACGCGAGAUCGUGAUGCUGAUGCUGCGAGUCCAUCUCGCCUCUCAGGCGGCGAUGUGUGCCGCCGGCGGCACACAUGAGGCUUCGAUUCAGCUGUCUGAAGAGGCCGGCUGCGGAGUCGAGGUAGUGUGAGAGCCCUAGGAGGGCCUUGCCGGUGCCAUCUGUGGCGGUGCUGAUGGUGCUGGCUGAGACGUUCGCAAGAAUCGACAAGGCAGACACCCCUGCCGCCGCGGCGUCGAUGUCGUCGCUCUCUGAAAACCCCUCACACAGACAACAAUGAAUGCAGGCUUGGUUUCUUUACUGUGUGCUUAUCUAUGUGCGUGGCUGCCAGCCUACCUGUCGUAUCAGCAGCCUCGAUUGUACUGGUCAGUGUCACAGCCGACAGCAGCACCUCCCCAGGGCUACUUGACUCCUCACUCAGCCGUGUAGACCGCUCACUUGCUGCCACUUCCACCCGUCUGAGGAGGGCAUUCACCACUCGUUUUCUUUCGGUCCCGUUGAGGGCAGCUACGCUGGCGCUGAUGUUGGCGUUGUCGGCGCUGCUCAGCACACUGGCCACCGCGAUGGCCUUGACGAGUCGACGACCAAACUCGUCCAGUGAGUGUACAGGGGGCGGUGUGGGCUGACUGUCUUCGUUGAGAAGUUCCCCGAUCAUGUCUUCGAUUUCCGCUGGGUCGAUGGCCCCCGGGUCCUGCAGUCAGUCAGUCAGUCAGACAGGCAGGCAGGCAUAGCAAUGCAGUGAGAGAGGGGCAUAGCAGAAGAUGGCUUCCAGGUUCUCCCACUGAUCGGCUGACUGACCCUGAGUUUGUCCAGGUUGUCUGUGAUGCUGUCAAAGUCCACGGGCGCCACUGAAGGCGUGGACAGUACAUAUAAAUGUGUGAAAUGUGUGGUAGCGGGAGACGCAGACCGUUGGUUCUUACGUGUGCAGGGCGAUCCGGGGGAGGGACAGGUCCAUCCAGGCUCGAUCUCACAGUCACUGCUGCAGCCAUCACCUGCACAGACAAAUAGACCUGCCGUCUGUUGUCUGGAUGUACAGGGACUUCCGACCAUUGAUCAGGUUGCCAUCAUCGCACUGCUCGGCGCCUCUGAGGCUUCCAUCGCCGCACACAGCUGAUACAUACACACACACAGACACACACACACACAUACACUUGUACACAUGUGGACACACACGACAGUGGUCUGUUUGAUCCCGGGGCCAUCGACCUACGAGAGCACGGCGACCCUGGAAUUGGACACGUCCACCCAGGCUCGAUCUCACAAACACUACUGCAACCGUCACCUGCACAACGCAUAGACGUGCCGUUGCCUGCCUGCUUAGCUGGGUGCCGACCAUUGAUGAGGUUGCUAUCGUCGCAUUGCUCCUGGCCCCUGACCCUUCCAUCGCCGCACACAGCUGAUACGAAGCCACAUAAAUGAACGAAUAUAGCCAUGGUUUAUCCCCUCCGUGGCGACUGAUUGAGGGUGCCUACGAGAGCACGGCGACCCGGGGGCCGGACACGUCCAUCCAACCUCCAACAGACAACGAUCACUGCAACCAUCACCUACAGGCACACAGUCACACAGGCAGGCAACAAAGGGGAGCCGGCUUGCAUGAAUACUCCGUAUCUGUUACCAGAGAAUAGGUUGCCGUCAUCACACUGAUAGAUACGGAGAAUACAACACACACAUGCGUGACAGGCAGGGGGCCCAUAUUCCUUAGACCCGCCGUGUUGUGUCACUUACCUCCUCUGUCGGAACCACUACACGACCGUCUAUCAGUAUCGGCUCGUUUCUCACCAGUAGACCAUCGCCGCAGAUCGCUGCAUCAGACCCCAGUGUGUCCGUGUGUUUUCCUUCUCGUGCGCGGGCUUACAGUAGCAUGGUUCUCCUGGUGUCAGGCACUGCCAGCCCGUCUCCUCGUGACACGUCUCACUGCACCCGUCUCCACUGUCAGUGUUGCCAUCGUCACAUGUCUCUGGGGCUACCACCACCCCAUCCCCGCACACUUGGGCACCAAGCGUCACCACUACACACACACGACAAUGUCGGAUGCAUCUCUUUCUCUCUCUCUCUGUGAGCCUAUCCAUGGACGCGUACCGACCGAUGCAGUCAGUGAGACACUGACAGUCGCGGAUGGCCGAGUCAUAUGCUGGGUCAGGUGUCUCCACCCAUUUCGCCGGCUGGUCUAUGUAGCUGGCCCAUUUCAGGUGACACAGGCCGCUGGCUUGGUGGAAAGAGAAUCCACCGCACAAAGGCACCGUGCGGCACUCGGUUGCGCAGGUAUCGAAUGUUUGAUUGUCAGCGCUAACAAGUCCCUUGAGGUUGCCCCCAGCGAGGAGCGUGGCGUUCAGUCGUCGCAUCAGGUUGCACGCUGCACCAGUCACCGAACCAGCACAUGUGUUGGAUACAGAUGAUGUCUCGCGUGCUACCACGCCCACCCACCUGGUUCAAGGACGAAUGUGAUUGCGUCGGCAGCGGAGGCAUCGGCAGCAUUUCCCGAAAAGUCCGUCACGUCAGCCGAUGGACUCAGAGCGAUGACGGCCUGGCCUGUCGAAAAGCCCACAGGAGCCUCGUCCAUUCUCACCUCGACCUGGAAGGCAUCGUCCCACCCCGGCCAAGUGGUCGACGGCGACGUUCCGGCUUGAAGCUGCUUGUGCAGGGUGACACUCUCGGCACUGAUGUUGGUGCAGAGAAUGGCGAUGUCGGAAGUAGCGAUUUUUGUGACGGGCUCGGAAAUGUGGACGUCGACGGAGACGUGGAUGUGUGCGGGGUCGUCGUAGUGGUAGUUGAAGGUCCCGCCAGCGACCAUGGCACCAGCCGCAUCCAGUUUGCGCACAAAGGAGACACGGGGAGGGGUUGAGUCUGGAAUAUAUUACAGAGACGCCAUCCAUGACACGACACCCGCUAUGGAUAGCUGAUGUACCUGUCCUGAUGGCGCAGCUCCGGCUGCUCGAGACUGUCUUUGUGUCCGACGGCCCGGAGAGGUCGGCAUCGCUGUAGAGGCGGCACGGGAAGGGCCGAGGAUAGGAUGCAUCAAAAACAAAGAUCUCACAGCUGGGCUCCUCGCGGCACAGACGCGAGCACUUCCACCAAUCGUUCACUGAUGUACUCGAUAUCAGCCCGAUGUCCUUUCCUUGAGACCACGCCAUGCCACAACCUGCACACACGAGCAGACGAAGAAAAUCGGUAAUCCGGGUGGGCUUUCCCCCACUGACUGACCAGAGUGCACAAUAAGCUCAUUUGACGGCGUGUUAGCCUGAUCAUCCGACGUCCGUCUGAAGACCAUAUCCUUCACCUGGACGGUGACCUGACCUUCCUGCACCGCCCAUAGCCUCUCCUCAAUCACGUGGUCAUCCGGCUGACUGACCAACUCAAUAGCUCCCCCGACACCACCAACAGUCUGCCAUGCGGACAGCUCAUCGAAUGGCGCCUCGAAGGUCAGAUCUUUGAUAGCAUCGGAAAAUCGGAGAGUGAUGUUGAACACAGUCGCCUCUGCGUCGGGAAAAGCCGUCUGUGUGGUUAUCAUCACUGUCGGGGGGUCCACUGUGGGUGGACGAGACAGGUAUCCAUCGAUGACGAGCAGCACGGCUCUACAUGUCUGUGCUACAUUUGUGGCUCACCGCAAAGAGGCGUCCGUUUCUCACACUGCCCCACAGACAAAGCACACAGAUCAGGAACUCAACAACGUCGAUGUCAACACGUGCAUCCAUCGAUCCUCGGUAGUCUCACCAUGGCUCUGUUAUUGUCUUGGUCCCCUUCCUUCGUCUGCAUGACCAGAUCCCUGUACUCAGACAACAGCAGACCGACACUCUCCACAUCUCCCUCCGUGUAGGGCUUACCAUGGCUCCUCAUAAUCACUGCCCCUGGCGAGAAUGAUCCCACGAUCGUUAUUGCCGUACGUGUACGGUUCCCGGCCGUCCCAUGCGAUAUUCCACAGACCCCUCGAGCUUCCCUCCCACUGCCAUCCGCCGCCAGGGGACCAGUCGUCCCUAGCGGCAGCUGUGCCGCCAAGGUCGGGUAUUCGCUUGGGCUGCUCAUCCACAUAGCUGCCCGUCUGCAUUCAUACCGACACGGCGCAUUUGAGACAGGGCUGGUUUGCAUGCAUGGAUGGAGCCAUGUAUUACUCGCUUGAGUCUGGCCCAAUAGGCCUUGUUCUGGUCAUUGCGACUCCGCAGCUGGUCUGCCUGAGCACACAUUGCAGGCAGGACACGCCGUUGGGUACUUGAGAAUUUUGCGGAUUGGAUACACCCACCAGCCAUUGUGCCUCAUAAGCAUCGUCAAUCACCACCUGAACCACCCACAAAGACGGCCAUGUAUGUGUGUCACAGUGUGCAUUAUCAGUCUCCGAAUUUCCAUACGAGGUCGCCUAUAUAGGUCGGCUUUGACCAAAAGCAGGCCGAUUUCAGUUCGUCAUGCUUCUUCUUUAUGCCAUUGUCCCAGUAAUAACGUGAGCAGCUCCGGGGCCGUUGCACCCAGUCAUCUGCAGAGAGACGGAGACCAGAAGAUAUCAGUCAUUUGCAUGGUGUCUUUCAAUUUUCCACCCACCAGGCCACUUCACAUCCUGCACACACAU